UCGAGCUCAAGCUUAAUCUAUUUAAGCCAGGUCUGAGCCUGCGUUCGCUGUUCCUUCGCAGUCUUCCACUCGUCUCGUCGCAACUCAGCGCAGCAAUACUAUGCAGGUCAACCGUUCUUGGAGGCAUUUCGCUCCGCUCACCCGGACGUGCCGACGCUCGUACUCGGAGUCGUCACCAGGCCUGCCACCGCUUCCUCCGCCCGAGAAAUGGCGUAGGAUAUUUGACCAGGGAAAUGCACUCAAGGACAGGGCUUGCAUCAAACGUCCAGACACCGCCCAAUUGGUUGCGAACUCCUUUCUAGGCGACGCGAGUCCGGUAGGUGGUGACGGCAAGGUUGUCAUCGAGGCGUUUCCCGGACCCGGUGCAUUGUCACGAGCGUUACUACAAUUGCCUCGUUCCAAGAUCCGCAAGCUUAUCAUAUUGGAAGACCAUACGGAGUAUCUGCCACAUCUCAAGGCAUUAGAGGAGGCGGAUUCGCGGGUACACGUGAUUCCAUACUCUGGCUAUAUGUGGGACACGUACACCUACCUAGAGGAUACGGGUUUGUUGUCGGACGUACCAACUGUACCUUGGGAGGGUGGUCUCCAUCCUAACCUUCAUUUUAUCAGCCAUCUCCAACGAAGCAUCAAGGGCGAGCAGCUGAUUGCCCAGCUCUUCCGCUGCAUACCAGACCGAACAUGGUUGUACAAGUUCGGCAGAGUACCCAUGAGCUUCGUUAUGAGCGACUGGGUAUGGACGCGUAUCAAUUCCCCGCCUGGCAAGAGUACGCGAUGCAAGCUCUCUGUGAUCGCUGACGCUUCAGCCGAUUGCCUCAGCGCAAUGGACUGGGGGCUUCUUCAGCCAUAUAACGAUCAUUUUCACCCCAUGACAUCGGGGCAUACAAGCCUUAAAAAGCCCAUAACAAGGCAAUUGGGCUACCCGUUCACGGCCGUGAACGUGAUACCACAUGCGGACCAGGUUAUUCGCAGAGGCCUUUUGGAGAAGUGGGACUACUGCUUGCGUAGGCUCUUCGUUUUGAAGUCGACCCCACUACAGCGCUCUAUCAGUUCUCUUGCCCCUGGUGCAGCUACUCUCCUCAAAACGCUUACUGAUCCUUCCCUACCACGGGAACAGCGAGUGGAUAUCAGUAAACCACCGCGCGGAUUGACAGUCGCAGACUGGGCAUUGCUCGUCCGCGCAUUCGAAUUAUGGCCGUUCGCUCCAGAGGACCUCAUGGUUAACGAUGGCAUGACGACCAAGAUAGAUACAGACAUAAAAUUGUCUUAAAGUGAUUGUGUCGUUCAUUAAUGUCUUGCUUGGUACUUCGAUGCUGGGGACACACAUUAUGGAGUAAUACAAUAUAUUAGA